AUGGAGCGCACGAAAAAAUCCGGUUGGGAAUACGAAAAAAUGCGCCUCGUCAAAGAGGCCGCAUUAAAAAAAAAUAAAAAGGUGAAUGCUUUCUUUUCUGAAAAUAAGAAAGAGCUUACAGAAAAUGGAACAACUGACAAUGAAUUGGCCACAAGUUGUUCGAUUCCUGAUACCAUUGCCAUUUUACCGCUGAUGAAAAAUCCUGAUCUGACAUGUGCCAAACCUUUAGGUAUGCAACCUGACAUAUUAAUGGAUAUAGAAAAUCCUAAAAGUUCUAAUGCAAACUCAGAGCCAGUAGCGAAACGUAUAAAAUUGGGUGCAUCGAUUAGCGGAAGCGCGGACUGCGUGCCAGGCGAUGUAGGAGCUAUUCACGAUGUGAUAUUUUCUGACCCUUCGAAGUGGCCAUUCAUCACUGAUCGCAAAAUUCGACAGUUAAUUGUUGAAAAAGGCCCUGUACAAAUCGAAGAUUUUGAUUUUCCCGUCGAGAACGGACAGUGGCCCACGAACGGUUCCUCUGAUUGGAAGCACAUAUCGCGAGAUCUUGCAUCCCACGAAAAAUCCGUGAAACAUUUUACGGCGUUUAAAAAUUGGAGAGAAUUCCACCAUCGAUUACGAACCGAAAAUACAGUAGAUAGAGAACAUGAGCGCGUAUUGAAUCGAGAAAUCGAGCACUGGCGUAAUGUUCUGCAGCGUAUAAUCAGUAUCAUACAAUAUCUAGCCACACAAUCUCUCGCACUGCGCGACUGCACGCCCGACAAAAGUCGUAUUGAACAGAUGUCCAUCAUCAUCAGAUUCGUAUCAUAUGAUGAGAAGGCUAAAAAAUUCGAAAUAAGAAAACAUUUUCUUGGAUUUCUCCCUAUUACUGACACCACGGGUAAAGGAUUGACAGAGGUUAUUCUUGAUGAGCUACAGAAUUUGGGUAUUGCCUUUUCUGAUAUGCGUGGUCAAGGCUAUGACAACGGGGCGAACAUGAAGGGCAAACAUUCUGGGGUGCAAAAUAGGAUUCUGUGGGACGUGCUUAAAAAACAUAUCCCAUCUCUGACUUUGAAAGCUGUCAGUGAUACGCGUUGGGAAAGUAGGGUUGAUGCCAUCAAACCCAUGCGCUACCAGCUUGGGGAGAUCUACGAUGCACUUGUCGAAAUCUCGCUCGAUGAAAAAAAUAAUAAUGCAUUGAAAUAUGAGGCUAAGUGCUUAGCCCAAUCGAUCGCGAAUUUUAAAUUCAUUUGUUGCGUGAUCAUUUGGUUCGAUAUUCCAAACAAAGUUAAUGUCGCGUCAAAAUUAUUACAAAAUCCUGCUUUGAAUAUAGUUGAAUGCUGUAGCAUCUUAGACAAAACUAUCGAUUUUCUGAAGCAGUAUAGAUCUGAAGAAAGCUUUUCUAGAAUAUUGCACGAAGCGAGAGACUUAGCAUCUGAAGUAGAGAUAGAGACAGUAUUCCCCCCUGGAAACACGGUUCGCGUUCGGGGUAAAAAACGUAAUUUCGAAUACGAAGCUCGGGAUGAAUUUGUGCACAAUCCGGAGAAACAAUUCCGAAUAGAAUUUCUUUACCAUGUUGUUGAUACGGCAGUGGUAUCGAUUGGAAAGAGAUUUCAACAACUACAGGUACACAGCAAUGAUUUCAAAUUCUCUUAUGAUAUUCAUGCUCCAAAGUCUUCAAUGAAAGAAGAAAUAAUGAAGAGCUGCGAGGAUUUACAGAUAACAUUAUCAGAUGGGGAUCACAUGGAUAUUGAUGGGAUUGAUCUGUGUGACGAACUCAUUAAUCUGGCUUUGAUCUUGCCUGGGAAUCAAUCCCCAAUUGAAGUUUUGAAUUACCUCGUGAAGAAUGAUCUUCUGUCGAUUGUAUCCAACGUUGUCAUCGCCUUGCGGACAUUAUUGAGUUUACCCGUUUCAGUGGCGUCACGAGAGCGGAGCUUCUCGAAAUUGAAAUUUUUUUUAAAUUAUCUGCGAUCGACAAUGAGCCAGGAACGCUUGGUCGGAUUAGCCACCAUAUCCAUUGAAAGCGAAUUAUGUGAUCUGAUUGACUAUCAGGAGCUUAUUGCAGACUUUGCAAAAGUGAAAGCAAGAAAAAUAAGUUUCGAGUAA